GUUUCAUGUGCUUCCCAAAGCAAGGCUGUAGUAGAUUGUGGAUGCUGUAUCUAUUUUUCAUCCUCGGGAAUCAAUCGACAAAUGUACCUCUUGUUCCCUGCCUGAUUCAUCGCUAUUCACCUCAUUCACUUCAUUCUCCUUAUUGCGUUGGUUGUGCCUUUACACCGAUUCGUCGCUUGAAGAAAACUGCUACAUAUUUUUCAGGGACCAGGGGUACAGCAGAACACAUACGAUACAUCUCUAUACCUCUAUUAAGCAUACCAUACACCUACCUCUAUCACUAAGGCAACAAUGGCAUCCCUCCCAAGGACCUUCUCUCUCCUCUUCUGCCUCCUUAUCCUGCUCGCGCUCUCGACUCAGCACCUGGUGCAGGCUGACAAAUCUUACUCUUUCUUUGCACCCACGGCAGCGACCCGAUGGGUAGCGGGACAGCAAGGGUUGGUCUCGAUUAUUUCGACGGACAAGGCCAAGGGCGAUGCUUCCCCCACGGACCGUCUCUUGACCAUCACCCUUCGAACUAAGAGUGGUGGCAUCUUCCCAUCAACCACCGUCGUGGCCACCAUCAAGGAUGGAAUUCAAUUGCUGAUUCCUGCAAACUCGACGGCGACGCAGGUCCAACUGGAUAUCACGGAUUUUAUUGUACCGGCUACGUUGACUGCAGGGGAGAAUUACUUGGUGCACCUCGAGCGCGCAAGUUCAGGUUUAUUUGAUUUCGACCGCACCACCGAUAGCUCCAACUUCCAGAUCUUUGCAGCGCCUCCUGCUGGAAACACAACGACGGGCCUCCCAACCAUGACCUCGACGAUAAUGCAGCCGACGUUGACGACGACGACCGCCAACUUAACAACGACUCCGACGCCUACGCUGCCCGCUGGUCAGACCUGCAAUGACAUCCGUGAGCAAUGUGCCGCACAGAGCCGUGCGUAUCAAGAGGCCACCGCAACAACCCCUUGCUCCUGUGGUGCUACCUUGGUCGUCCCAACCAUUGUCGGAAACAGUGCCCCGGGCAGUAUCAAGGCCAAUGUCAAAUUGACAUUCCAGAGUACAGGUGGACCCACUGCCGCUUUGGCGUUCUUGUUGCUCGUCGUCAUGACCUUGUUCUGAGAAUGAGGAAAGAAAUACAUGAUGGCUUUCUUCAAUAUAGUGGUAGGUGCCCACGCACACACUUCUAAAAGUACUUGUAAAAUAUACAUCAACCCGCAUAAUGAUAAUAAAAACGGAGAAUGGGAGGCGGAGGCGGUAGACUAUUCGUACUCCCUCACUCAG